UCUGUGCCCAAUAUCGACUCUUUCCUGCAGGUUCAGGGAGAGCAGUGGGGUUGAUCCCUGUCGAUGGAAUUCUCUCUCUAAAUCAGGAGAUCUGCCUAAAUAUGUGGUCAGCAUGGUGUGCUGGGGAGGAGAAGCGGGUCGGUACACGCACCGUGGUGGUCGGGCACCGUCCUGUUUCAGAAACAGAGGCGUGUGUGGCACAGAAGUUCUGCGACAACAGGAUUGUCUCCUCCAAGUACACCCUCUGGAACUUCCUCCCGAAGAACCUUUUUGAACAGUUUAGAAGAAUUGCCAACUUCUAUUUCCUGAUCAUCUUCCUCGUGCAGGUGAUAGUGGACACCCCAACCAGCCCAGUGACCAGUGGCCUCCCACUCUUCUUUGUCAUCACUGUCACAGCUAUCAAACAGGGGUACGAGGACUGGCUGAGGCACAGAGCUGACAACGAAGUGAACAAGAGCAACGUCUUCGUUGUCGAAAAUGCAAAGCAAGUGCGGAAAGAGAGUGAAAAAAUCAAGGUUGGUGACAUAGUAGAAGUGAAAGCAGAUGAGACCUUCCCCUGUGACUUGAUAUUUUUGGCCUCCAGCAGCAUUGAUGGGACCUGUUAUGUCACUACAGCGAGUCUUGAUGGCGAGUCCAAUUUCAAGACUCACUACGCAGUGCGGGACACCACCGUGCUCUGUACAGAUGAAGCCAUCGACACCCUCACUGCCACCAUCGAGUGUGAACAGCCACAGCCUGACCUCUACAAAUUUGUUGGAAGAAUUAUCAUCUACAGAAGCAACCAGGAGCCCGUAGCCAGGUCUUUGGGUCCUGAAAACCUGUUGCUGAAAGGUGCUACCCUCAAAAAUACCAAGAAGAUUUAUGGAGUUGCAGUCUAUACUGGAAUGGAGACAAAAAUGGCUCUGAACUACCAAGGGAAAUCUCAGAAACGGUCUGCAGUGGAAAAAUCUAUCAACGCUUUCUUGAUAGUGUAUUUGUGCAUCCUAUUGAGCAAGGCCACUGUGUGCACGACUCUGAAAUACGUCUGGCAGAGUAAUCCAUUUAAUGAUGAGCCUUGGUACAAUGAAAAGACUAAAAAAGAGAGAGAGACAUUCAAGGUCUUGCGGAUGUUCACGGACUUCCUGUCAUUUAUGGUUCUCUUCAAUUUUAUUAUCCCAGUCUCCAUGUAUGUUACAGUAGAGAUGCAGAAGUUCUUGGGCUCCUUCUUCAUCUCCUGGGACAAGGAGAUGUACGACGAAGAAAUAAAGGAGGGAGCAUUGGUGAACACCUCAGACCUGAACGAAGAGCUCGGGCAGGUGGAGUACGUCUUCACGGACAAAACCGGCACCCUGACAGAGAACAGCAUGGAGUUCAUCGAGUGCUGCAUAGAUGGGCACAAGUACAAAGACUGCAUGUCGGAGGUGGAUGGCUUCGCUCAGACCGAUGGACUCCCGAAAUACUACGGCAAGGCAGAAAAGAGCCGUGAGGAGCUGUUCCUGCGAGCCCUCUGCCUGUGCCACACGGUUCAGAUCAAGGAAGCAGACCAGGUGGAUGGGCUGAUAGGACACCCAGAGCGCAAAUACACCUACAUCUCCUCUUCCCCAGAUGAAAUCGCUUUGGUGAAAGGCGCAGAAAAGUAUGGUUUCACUUUUCUAGGACUUGAAAACGAUUUCAUGAAAAUACGAAACCAAAAGAAUGAAACUGAGAUGUACCAACUUCUCCAUGUGUUGAACUUUGACCCUGUCCGUCGCCGUAUGAGUGUCAUUGUGAGAACCACCACAGGAAAGUUGCUUCUCUUCUGUAAAGGAGCAGAUUCCUCUAUUUUUCCAAGGGUGCAGCAAGAAGAAAUCCAACAAACAAAAGUCCAUGUGGACCGCAAUGCUAUGGAUGGCUAUCGAACGCUCUGCGUGGCCUUCAAAGAAUUAACUCAAAAGGAGUAUGACAAAAUUGACAGGCAGCUCAAUGAAGCUAAGAUGGCUCUGCAGGACAGGGAGGAGAAGAUGGCCAAGGUUUUUGACGACACAGAAGCAGACAUGCACCUGAUUGGGGCUACUGCUGUAGAAGACAGGCUGCAGGAGCAGUUGGCAGAGACGAUCGAAGCUCUGCACGCGGCUGGCAUGAAGGUUUGGGUGCUGACAGGAGACAAGAUGGAAACUGCCAAAUCCACCUGCUAUGCCUGCAGGCUCUUCCAGACCAGCACUGAGCUGCUGGAGCUAACGGCAAGGACCGUGGGUGAGAGUGAAAGGAAGGAGGAUCGGCUCCAUGAGCUGCUGAUGGAGUACCAUAAAAAGCUGAUUCAGGACGUUCCCAAAAACCGGGGAGGCCUGAAGAGAAGCUGGACGUUGAGUCAAGAGUACGGACUGAUUAUAGAUGGCUCGACGCUGUCACUGAUACUCAACCCUUCUCAGGACUCUGGUUCUAGCAAUUACAAAAACAUAUUUCUACAAAUCUGCUUGAAGUGCACUGCAGUCCUCUGCUGCCGGAUGGCUCCUUUACAGAAAGCACAGAUUGUGCGAAUGGUGAAGAACACAAAAGGAAGCCCGAUAACCCUCUCCAUAGGUGAUGGUGCAAAUGAUGUUAGUAUGAUUUUGGAAGCACAUGUUGGAAUAGGUAUAAAAGGCAAAGAAGGACGUCAGGCUUCCAGAAACAGUGACUAUGCUGUGCCAAAGUUUAAACAUUUAAGAAAACUGCUACUAGCACAUGGGCAUUUAUAUUAUGUGAGAAUAGCACACCUUGUACAGUAUUUCUUCUAUAAGAACCUUUGCUUCAUUUUACCGCAAUUUUUAUACCAGUUCUUCUGUGGAUUCUCACAGCAGCCACUGUAUGAUGCUGCUUAUCUGACCAUGUACAACAUCUGCUUCACAUCGCUACCUAUCCUGGCUUACAGCCUCCUGGAGCAGCACAUCAGCAUCGACACGCUGACCUCGGAUCCUCAGCUGUACAUGAAGGUUUCAGAUAAUGCAAUGCUGCAGUGGAGGCCGUUCCUGUACUGGACCUUUCUGGGCGCUUUUGAAGGACUCGUGUUUUUCUUUGGGGUUUAUUUUCUGUUUCAGAAUUCAUCGUUGGAAGAUAACGGAAAGAUUUUUGGGAACUGGACCUUUGGGACGAUUGUUUUCACUGUGCUGGUGUUCACCGUCACUCUGAAGCUAGCGUUAGAUACUCGAUUCUGGACGUGGAUGAACCACUUUGUGAUUUGGGGAUCCCUUGCCUUCUAUGUGUUUUUCUCAUUCUUUUGGGGAGGAGUCAUUUGGCCUUUCUUGAAGCAGCAAAGAAUGUAUUUUGUAUUUGCUCAUAUGCUGACUUCUGUUUCCACAUGGCUGGCAAUAAUUCUCCUGAUCUUUAUCAGCCUUUUCCCAGAAAUUCUUCUAAUAGUUUUAAAAAAUAUAAAAGAGAAAAAUCAUCAGGCUGGCCCCUUUGAUCUGCCUGUGUUAGUCUCAUACAAACGUAUAGAGAAUGGUUAUGUGAAGACUGAAGAUACUGUUACUAAUUUGGCAGAAAGAUAUCCUCUCAGGAUACUUUAAAGUGCUCCAUACAAACACUGCGUAUUGUCAUGCUGUAGGACAAAACCCAUGGUUUUAACCUAACAGUUCUCUUUGAUAUUACCAAGGACUGUAAGCAGCCAUGCUGAAAGAGCAGCAGCCAGGGCACUGGCCCCACGGUACCUGUUUGUCUUUGGUCUUGUAGUUUCCCCACCCCCCAAAACAACAAUUCUGCAAAAUUCUACGUCAUUGGAGGCUGAGAAAGCAUCUUUAGAAAUUCAUCCGAAAUGGCAUGAAUCAAAGUGCAAGAGUGCAGUGCCAGCCCCAUUUCACACGGGGGCUUCCUCUGCCCACUGCAGAUCUGAGAGCAGCGGAGAGCUGCUCAAGUCUCUUGCUCUCCUGACCAAAGAAGUAGCACAGACUUAAACCCAGUAACAGCCCCAUCCAGCUCCUUGAAGGCACUGGGAGAAGCCUGCUCCUCUCACGUGGAAUCUGGAUGCAGCCCUGAGAGCAUCUCUCCUGGUGCUGGGGCUGCGAUCCCUCAUCAGGGGGCUGCCCCCUCCGAACCAUGGGUGCCAGAUGCACGUGGCAGAAUUACUUGAAAAUUCGGGAGAAAUCUUUGCUGAUCCCUCCUCCAGGUAUGGCUGGAAGCAGUCUGUGGUCUGCCCGCAGUGAUGGUGUCCAUGUGGAGACCUGCGGUGCUGGGAAGCACCUGAGCAUCCUCCUGCAGCCGGUUUGCUGAUGGGUUUAUUCCUGCUGGAGGGUGAAGAAAAGGUUGUUCUGUGGCUGCUCAUGGUGGAAGGAAGCUUUUGUGGGGGAGGAAGGAAUCCCAAAAGUUGGACUGUGGCAGACUCUGAGCCUCUCUGCCCAGGCUCCUAUGGCUGUGCUUACAUUACUGCACUGUGCAGUUGCUCCAACACUUUAAAGGCCUGAGUGACAGUGCAGUCCUUGGCUGAUCCCAGGGACAUGGGAUGUGCCUGUGAACCUGCAGGCAUAUAAAACUGCAUCUUGAGUUAUUUGCACUAAGAAAAAAGAAGCCAGUUUAAAAAUAAAAGGAAUACAUGAACCCGAUUUCAUUUUACAUUUUAUUUGGUUUUUAAAUUGGCAUGUUCUUUUGAAACCUACCUGUACCAUGGUCGUAGGAAUUUUUCUCUUUAGGUCAUGCACAGCAGAGGUGAGAUGCCUGACUCUCAACAUUUUUAUUUUUUUUUUCUCUGAUACUUCCUAUGUGGAAAGAGCAGCUUUUUCUGUUGUGUUAAGUCGUAAGCAGUGACAGAGCACCCUGUGUGCCACCGCGGGUUGGUGUGACGGUCCCUCCCUCGUGCCGAUUUCCCCCGGCCCCGGCGCUCUUCGGAGCGGGGCAGAGGAACUACUGUGAGAAGCUUCAAGUCUCAUUUCAGAAGCAACAAGCUCUACGCUGCUGCUGGGUUUGGCUCCCGCUCGCUCAGGCUUCAUGUCAUUUACAUGCAAUGAAACAAUUUGGGACUGGAUGGAACGUUCCCCUCACCAAAUUUUGUUAAACUGCAGACUACUGAUUUUUUGGAAGAAUCGAGUCUUGCUCUCUGGCUGUCACCCCUGUGGUCCGUCUUCAACUGGUGCAGAUCAGCCACUGGCAAAUUCUCCUGCGCAUUGCAAGGACUUUGGAUGGGCCUUACCUGAGUGGGAGAGGGGUGUGCACAGUCCCUGUGCCCGGUGGCUGCUUUGACAUCACCCAGCAUGGGAGGGGAAGUAUGGACAGGACCACUGUAUUAUACACACUGCACUGGCCUCAACGCAAGUGGUGUCUGCGCCGUGUCAGCGACUGCGGCUCAACUCCUUGCUGCAUGCAAGUAAGGAGCUGCACUGCCAGCAUGUGUCCCAUGGGCAAAGCUUUUGUUUUCUUCUUCUUUUUUUUCCCUUUUCCUAGCUCAUUUCACGGACCUAGAAUUUGACUUGCAGACCUUGUCCCAUUCUCAACUUUUCUUGCUAAAAUGUGGUGCCUACAGAUCAAGUAUACGAUGAAUACGAUGAAGAUACGCUCUAUAUGCCAAAUCUAACCUUUCUCCUUAAAUAUACAGUUGCUGACUUGUGUUUACAUAACCUUUAAAAUGUGGGCACUAAAAUGCCUAAUUCCUGUGAUUCAAAACCAUUCCAAGCCCGAAUGGUCCCAAGCCUCACACCUUCCUUCUCUGUUUUGUGUCACGCUCUACUCUGAGGUUCAAAGUCUGUUCCCCUGGAAUUCUACUGGAGGUUCUGCUGGUGAUGCUAAUGGGAACAGAGUGAAACUUGCCAUGUGUGUGCGAACUGUCCAAAUAGUCACUUAAACAGGCUAAUUUCUGCAGCCUGUUGAAAGACAAAGCCUUCUGAGAACCAAAUCUCUUCCUGUUUCCAAGUGUCUGGUCCCCACUGGAUUGCAGUAGCUGUAUGUUCAAACCCAAGGUGUGUGUGCUGACUAGUGGGGUGGAUUUAAUGUGAAAUGUCUUGAACAGCAACUCUUUUAGGAAAAUGCAGAUUUUCUUGGGCUUGGAUCUUCAGCUAGUGCACUGGUGUAGUGCUGGGUGCCAGGACCGCCAGGUUGCCCUGCACCUGCAGAAGAGCUGAUCCUCGUCAUUCAGUAAUGGCAAAAAUGAAAUUCCUGUUGCUGUGGGUGGCUUGUGAAAUCAGGGGAAACAGGAGACUCCUUUUGAGGUUAGAGAGGGGAAGAAAAAGUAGUGAUAGUGACUGUAAGGUGUAAGGCAUCAGGAUGCUGAAGUGGCAAUAAUCUGAGAGCAGUGCUGUGGUGGUUGUUCGUGUUUCAUGGUACCCACUGCACUGUUACGGUGCUCCUCAGUGAGCUAAAAGGUCAGUACAGGCUUAUCAGUGGAAAAUCUUGAAGGAAAAAAGGCUGGGUUUUUCUCAUAAUAAUUCGUUGAAGUUUAAUCACUGACUAGUGACAUUGAAAGAUAAGGAAAGUAAUUAAGAUUCCCUCUAAAACUGGUACAUGAUAACAGUGGAGCUUGGUGUAGUCAUAGCGACUUUUCAAACACUAAUCCUAAUCGUUAUGAGAAUAUUAUAAAUUACUUGGAAUUGCAUAAAAGCUUCAAAUUGAAUUUGUAUACACACAGUUGAAAAACUUACCUAAUACUGCAGCAUUUAUCCAAUUUCCCAGCUACGAAUUUUUUUAAAAAACAUGUAGUAUAUAGAAAAUGUAAAUUAUAUACAGGCAAUGAGCAGAUACAUUUUCAGCUUCUUGCAAAAAAAAAGGACUGCAACCUUACAUUUUUUUCACUUAAAUGCAAUUUUAUACAUUUAUGUUGCUUUAUAUAAAGGAAAUUGAAUGUGAAUGUUACCUUUUAUGAAUGCAACUUGCUCUUUUUUCAUUACAGAAACUUUUGUUUGAAGUAAUCAAUAAACUUUGGUAUGUUGUUCUGAUUAA